ACAUUCCUUAUUAUAUGUUGGGUAGACAAGGGGUAGGGGCAAGUCAACUCGUGACGGCACGCCUCGCCACGACACGACACGACACGACACGAGAGAGAUCUCGGCGCCGGCGGGCGGCGCCGGCGAGGCGUACGGCAAUGCCUCCUUCCGCCGUGCCCUUCUCCCGUCGCCCAUCCGACGGUCCACGCGGCGCCCGCCCCAUCCUGGUUGUGAUCCUCAUCGCCGCCGCCGCCACCCUACUCGCCCUCGCCUACUCGUCCUUCCCCUCCGCUUCGCGGGCUACCACCGCAUCAUCUUCCAUGGCUGUGGCGCCGACGGAUGACGGCUGCUGCAGGGGCCUCGAGGGGCUCGAGCUGUGGGGUCCGGCGGUCAAGUGGGGCUCCGACCACCGCCUGCUCUCCGCCGCCGCGUGCUGCGAAUCCUGCAAGGCCAUGUGCAAGGCCAACGACUGCCGCUGCGAUUCCUGGGUCUUCUGCGGGGACAAGAAAAGAUGCGGCCAAAGGUUCGGGGAGUGCUGGCUGAAGAAACAAAAGGAUGUGAUGGCACCCUCUGUUGUUGCAAAGGGAGAUGAUGUUAUGUGGACUUCUGGUCUAGUCUUCGCAAAAGGAGAGGGCAUUGUGGGCCUGGAAACAAACCUUGGGACCAUUCGUAUUCAAUUGCUGCCUGGCUGUGCACCCCAUUCUGUGGACUAUUUCAUUGAGGUUCUGGGCUUGCGGAACUGCGCUGGAUGCAGAUUUUAUCGAGCUGAAGGCCGUGGGAAUUUGUGGGAUGCAAAAGGCGACCACAUAAAAAAUGCUGCAUAUGGUCCACCGUAUGCCUUGCUUCAAGGGACACUGGAAGUCGAUGGUUUACCCUUUAAGGAGAGAGCGAAAGAAGCCUGCCCAGCACUGAGAAGAGGAUCGGUUGCAUGGGUUGGAUCAGGGCCGGAGUUCUUGAUCAGCUUAGCAAACCAUGGGGAGUGGAAAGGAGCCUACACUGUGUUUGGGUCUGUUGUGCCCGAGGACAUGGCGAUUGCUGAGGAAAUGGCACUGCUGUCGACCAGCACAGACGUGUGGAGCAAUGUAACCGUGAAGGUGCUGCGAGACCCUGUGUAUUUCAAGGUGAAGAGAAGCACCAGCAGUGGUGUUCCUUAGGUAUCACUCAUUCGCUCACUCACUUUCAGUCGGUUGGUCGGUUCUUGUGCUCAUUGCCGAUUCCUUUCUGGACUAUCUUUGUUUCUUAUAGAGGACAUAAAAGAAAGGGAAACUAGAUUAGAAUCAGGCAUGUUAUAGCCCCUGACAUGUAGUAGUAUUACCCUAAAGAAAAGGGGAUUACUGUGUAAAGAAAGAAACUAAAGUUGCCAUGUUCAACUGUUUACCUGCUCAUCUUUAUGUGGUCUGAUAAGUGAUGAUGAUGUUUCAGAGGUUUAUUCACUUA